AUGCUGGCCCGUAGCUUCUUCCUACAUAUUGUACCGCUUGCAUGGCUCCUGAGCGUUGAACUGGCUCAUGUGGCGCAUGCAGAUGAUGCAGACAGCUGUGCCCACGAGGCAUCGCAGGGCCACGCCUUGCUUUCGAUGAAGGCAGAGACGGCGCGCAGAGCCCUCACGGAGGAUGAGGCCGUCCAGGAGAUCUUUGCGGACCUGCGGGAGGACUCGGACUCGCACGGCGAAGACGAUGACGACAAGGACGACCACAAGGAUAAGGACAAGGGCUCCAACGCCUCCAACACAUCUUGGCACAAGGUGAACCAGACCAUCCGAGACCUUGUGAACAAUGUCCUGGUGGCCGACAUCAACCAAACGCACCAACUUCCUAACCCAGAGGGGAACUAUUCGGAUCCCGAGAACCGCACUGGCUUGGGUAGCUUGGCCCAGACUUUGGAGUUCCUCUACCUCAAGGUGGCGGAGCUCGAGACUGCUGUGGAGUUGCAGAACAUUGAGAUCCAGCUGAACCACGAGCAGGCUCAGUUGGAGAUCCAGCAGCUGAAGGAUCGUCUGGACCAGAAGGAUGCGGACCUCAGACAACUGCAAUCAAAGCUAAGACAGCAUGCUGCAGAGCGGAAGCAUCACAAUGCGGAUGUGGCCUUAAUCGAAGACAAGCCAGCUGCAAUGCUGCAGAAGCACCGCAAGGCCUGGCUCGAGAAGACUGAAGAGCGGCGGCAGCAGCGAAAGCAGCGCAUGAACGAGGGAGCGCACAGCAUCCUUCGCCGAGUCCUACAGAAGCACCACCGGCAGAGCGACAAGAAAGAUUGGAGCUCGGAUCGACCCGCCGAGUCUCAGGGCAAGCAGACCUCCCACGUGGCAACAGACGGUGGAGUGGACCUCCGCCAGGAGCUCGCGCAGCGGGCCGCCAACAAGCGAAAGAGCCAACGCGUAAAGGAGCUCGACAGCAGCGUCUCCUCGAAGGGGCCCAUUGACGUCAUCACCGACACUGCGGGGGACGUGGCAGAUGGAGCCGGCGACCUGGCGUCUGAUGUCGCCGAUACCGCCACGGAUGUUGCCAC